CCAUCCCGCCCAAUCCGCAGGGUCUCGCAAGGUGAACAGACCCUCCCCCAAACCUUGGCAUUGCUUUGGAGGGGGACCCGCGGUGCCAGGUGGCUAAAGAAGGGGACUCUUUCUGGGGAGGAGGACCAGCUAUGCCAUAGAUGAGCCCUUAAUUGAAAAGGAGGACGGGCUGAGCUAAUAAUUGGGGAGGGGGCCGCAGCUUUAGACCCCCUCCCCUUCCUGCUGCAAAGUGAAGGGAGAUGUAGUUGGAGGAACAAGCCAGAAGGGGCAGAGCCCCCUCCUCUUCCUCCUCCUCCUCCUCCUCUUCCACCUCCAGCAAGAGCGAGGGGAGUGGUCUGCCUGCAUUUGAAAAGGGGAGGGUGGGUGUUCAGGCAACUGAGGAAAAUCUCAGUGGUGGGCAGAAGAGGAGGAGGAGUCAGGAGGAAGCCAGGAGGGCUGGGGGGACUGGAGGGUGCACCCGCCUAGGGAAUGCCAAGGCUCUGUCCCAAAUUAGGGGUGCAGGAGGUGCCCGAGUAGGUGUGUGUGUGUGUGUGUGUCACAGCGUGUUAGCUCCCUCUCUGAUUACCGCACGGUGGGGAGGGGGGGAGAACUCUUUCUCACAUAUCAUUCCCUUGUUUUCUCCCAAGGGCAAAGCAGGAAAUAGUGGAGGAUAGAACUGGAGAGGGGGGAGAGGUGUGUGUGUGGGGGGGGGGGAACCGCUGCUAUGAAUUUAUAAUAGCCUCUUUGGGGAGAUUGUCCCGCCCCCUCUUCCCCUUUUUCCUCCCCAUUCCUCAAUUUGGUUGGGGGGGGGAAGACUCGGAGCCUCACGCACACACAGAUCCUUCAGCAACUGGCUGGAUCUCUUCUCCCUCUUCCCCCCCCCUCACCCUCACUUCCCACCAUGACAACAAAUCCAGCAUUAGAAUCGCCAUCCACCCCAUGGCCACACAGCAGGCUGCUGAUGGACGGGGAAGAGUCUUUGGUGCCUAGAUGCGCUUCCCAAAGCCCAGAGAGUAGCUGAAGCGGGACAUAGCCAAUGUCGUCCAGCAAAGGGGCAGGGGCUGGAGCUCGCCGGCGGCGGACGCGGUGCCGGAAGUGUAAAGCGUGCCUGCGAUCAGAGUGUGGGGAGUGCCAUUUCUGUAAGGACAUGAAGAAGUUUGGGGGUCCUGGACGCAUGAAGCAGUCCUGCCUGCAGAGGCAGUGCACAGCGGGCCAACUCACUGUGGGACAACUCGACGUGGCCAACUUGUUGCGGGACAAUUGGCCAGUUCUACCUCACACGGCCGUGUGCCUGGUCUGUGGGGAGGCCGGGAAAGAGGACACCGUGGAGGGCGAAGAGGAGAAGUUCAACCUGUCACUCAUGGAGUGUACCAUUUGCAACGAGAUUGUGCAUCCAGGCUGCUUGAAGAUGGGAGUCGCUGAAGGGGUCAUCAACAAUGAAAUUCCAAACUGCUGGGAAUGUCCCAAAUGCAAGAGAGAAGGCAAAUCAAUGAAAGAUUCGGGGGAUGGCACAGGGAAGCGGCGUUCUGACAAUGGCGAGGAAGGGGUCCGGUGGAAGCUGACCGAUGAGCCUGCUCAGAACAAGAAGAAGUUGCCACCAGCGCCGCCUUUGCCCCCGCCACCCUCUGAGGAGAAUCCGGUCCAGACGGGUGCUCACAAGCGCAAAAAGGAGCUCCCGGCCCCCGAGACGGGACCCAAGAAGAAGUUAAAAGGUACCCGGGAAAAACAUUUGAAAAAGGGCGCUGAGCAACCACUCGAUGGAAACAAAUUGGAUUCCAUACAGACCUGGAGCCGCAUGGGCAGCGGUGACUUCGAGGUGAAGGGGGCCAUCUCCCACCCGUCUAUUCACCUGAGCCAGAUCACAGCCAGCGACUUAGAGAAACCAAAGGGAACUCCUGGGCCUUUGGAGCCCUCCCCCCAGACAGACAAGUCCCAUCAGCGGGAGAAGUUGGAGCGCUUCAAGCAGAUGUGCCAGAUGUUGGAGCGGGUGAAGAAUAGCAGCAGUUCCAGUUCCAGUUCGGACUCGGAUUCUGACACGGAUUCUCGGGGCUCCGACGGUUCCAGCGGAGGGGUGUCGAGCCGAGCCAACUCCCCCACCACCCGUUCGCAGCGCUUGGCUGCCCUGGGCUUCAGUGCCAGCGAGGAGGAGGAGGACGAGGAGGAGGAGGAGGAGGACGACGAAGAGGAGGGUGGGCGGCGCAACGGCGGCUCAGAGACGACACGGAACGGGAAGCAGCCCAAAGCUCGGGGGAACUCUCAGGAGAAAGAGAACAAUCACCGCCCGUCCAGCAGGGGGAGCGAACGGGCCAAGCAGCAGGCGGGAAGCCGGAAAGCCGGCCGGCCUGCUGGACAGACAGGGCUCCGCAUGGUAGCCCGGACUCAGUUUCUUAACUGGCCUUUGGUGCCGUCCCCUCCCAAGCCUCUGCUACAGCUGGAGAGGCACGUCAUCCGGCCUCCCCCAGACAGCCCUGAACCUGACUCCCUGCCCUUGGACAGCGGCUCUGACCACAUCAUGCAGCGGGACAUUUGGUUGGCCGUCUUCCAGUACCUCAGCUAUCGGGAGCUUUGCGUUUGCAUGAGGGUGUGCCGGACAUGGAGCCGUUGGUGCUGUGACAAGCGGCUUUGGACACACAUUGACCUGAGCCAUCGGAAGUCAAUCACUCCCUCCAUGCUGAGCGGAAUCAUCCGACGACAGCCAGCCAGUCUGGAUCUGAGCUGGACCAGCAUCUCCAAGAAGCAGCUAAUGUGGCUCCUGAAUAGGUUGCAAGGCCUUAAGGAGCUCAUCCUAACAGGCUGCUCUUGGUGCUCUGUGUCGGCCCUCAGCACAGCCAACUUCCCCUCCCUACAGCUCCUAGAUUUGCGCUGGAUUGAGGAUGUCAAGGACUCUCACCUCCGCGAACUGCUCUUGCCUGCCACAGAUGCCAAGCCUGGCCAGACAGACAGCCGGGGCCGGCUGCAGAACGUCUCUGAAUUACGGCUCUCCGGUCUGGACAUCACAGAUGCCUCUCUGCGCUUGGUAAUCCGGCACACCCCUCAGCUUGCCAAACUGGACCUGAGCCACUGCAACCAUGUAGGUGACCAGUCUGUUAACCUGCUGACCGCUGCUAAUUCUCCACUCCGAGAGACCCUCGCUGAACUCAACCUCACCGGAUGUAACCGGCUGACGGAUCAGUGUCUGCCCCUUUUCCGCCGCUGUCCACGCCUCUCCCGUAUCGACCUGCGCUCCUGUCACCACAUCACGACGGAGGCCUGUGCUCGAUUUGCCGAGGACUCGGUCUCCAACAGUGGUGCCGUGCCCCCCGCCCCCGCAUCCUCACCUCCUUUCCAUUGCCCUGAGGAGAAAUUGCUGCUGAAGGACAGCUAAUACUCGCCCUGGGGUGGAGGCGCAGACAGACUCAGCUUCACCAAUCCGACCGUCGGACACGGACUCUGAGAGAACCUUUUUACUUAAAGCCAUGCACUGAACCAGAGUGGCAUCUCCACCCCCUUACUUGUGCAGCAAAGAGGGUGCGGGAGAGGGGGUGUCGUGCCCCCUUCCCCAGGCCUGGCCUACAGAGGGCCGGGUGGCCUUUUGCUCCAUCCACUUGUUCUUGGACAGCCGCGGAGUAAGUGGGGUCCGAGGUAGCCUUGUCGCUUUACAAUGCUGGGGAAAUGCGUAUUCCUCCCACCAUGCACUGCGCCGUCCCCUUCUCCCCACCUCCACCUCCAAAUGUCCCUCCGUGCCACCGUUGGUACACCCCGCUAUCUCGGGUCAGCGGGCAGUGGGGGGGGGAAGCGGGGGGGAGUUGACAUUCAGCCUUGAAAUGCUGGCUCGGGAGGAAGGCAGCUUCUUUGAUGGGGUCGGAUAUAUUACGUUUUUCCUGCCCCGUUCCUCACCCAAUGCAAAUGUGCACUCCAACCUCAUUGGUCCUCCCUCCCCUCCCACAUGCUGCCUUGUUGAGUUUUAAAAGGUGCGUGCGUGCGCGUGCGUGCAUGUGCGUGCUUGUCAGCCUGCCCGCCCAGUUCCCUUCCACGGCACUCCCCAGUUGUGCAUCUGCGGUGUGUGUUUUUUUUUUUUUUCCCAAGGGGGCCAAGCAAGAACCAGGCAGCUGAUUUCCAGAUUCCUUUGCCCUGUCUUUUCCCACUCUGUACCUGUUGGGGCUCUCUCCUGCCUCUUGCCGCUCUCUCUUUCCCAUAGCAGUGGAUGUUCUCUGGAGCUGGCACAUCUGCUGGCACACCCAUCUGAUCUGCUUCCUACAUCGGGGGCCCUUUGUACCCUUAAUUCUCUCCUCACCCAUCAGUAGGAGGCCAGAAAGCAUCUCUAUAGGCAUCCUUCCCUUUAGAUUUUCUUCUCAAGCUGCCAAUUCCAGCGUGCAUCUGAGGCCUCCUGUGGAUGCAGCCCCACCACAGCUGCAUCCACAGGAGCUCACUGGAUGCCCACACCGUGAAACACAUGCGCUGUGUUCCGUACACACAGCGUACCUGCUGCUGUCUUGUUUAUGCAUUAAACCUGCAUAUGCAUGCUCUUGCAAGCCACACACAUGGACGGAGUCCCUCACCAAGCUUUAGGCCUCUGCUCCUUAGCCAGAUUACUUUCACCCCACCCAUAUGUCAGUGUGCGUCUCUGCUGCUUUUGGCCAGUGUGGUCUGCAGGUGGGGAAACAAGAGUUUUGUUCGUGGAGCAGAGGGACGAGGCCGAAUACUUUUGUCCAAAAGAAAGGAGUACACUAGCAUACGUGAAAGGACGACACUAAACCUCCUGUCUCACUUGUUGUGUGUUGGGAUCCUUCGGGGAGGAAAGGCCUUAAAAGUCCCCUCUUCUCUCCCUCCAAGCCCCCUCAGCUCUCGGGAAACGCAUCUUCCUAGCACAUUGCUUCUCAACUAUUAAGAUGUGUGGACUUCAACUCCCAGAAUUCCCCAGCCAGCAUGAAUUCUGGGAAUUGAAGUCCACAGACCUUAAAAGUUGCCUAGGCUGAAAAACACAAGUCUACAGUAUUCUGUCGGGUCCCUGGGCUGUUCCCGGAGGAAAUUCCCUCCCAGGCUGUUUUCAUCCCAUCUUGGCAGGCUAGUCAGAUCAUGCAGCUCUUUUCAACCCAAGGCACUUCUCCCCAGAGCCAGCCUUCCUUCCUUCCUUCCUUCCUUCCUUCCUUCCUUCCUUCCUGUUUCUCCUCUCUUCGAAUUCCUCCUUUUCAACUCUGGACAGGAAAGCCCUCGCAGCUUCCCCCUCCGAUCUUCCCCCUCCUUUCUCAGUUUUUAUUCUUUUCUUUUUUUGUACCAUAAGCUUUAAUAACCACUUUGGGGACAGGGGGAGCAGGGGGCUGCCUGCGUUCCUUGCCCACAGUGCCAACUGUUAUUGAGCAGGAGUCGGCCGGGCUUUCUCUUAAUUCCAGCCGCUCUGCGCUGCCUCCGAAUCUCAAACUUGAACCCCCGUCCAACUGUUCGGGUAUGCGUGUGUGUGUGUAUACUUGGGUAUGUGUGCAUGUGGGAUUCCCCCCGCCCCCCCCUCUGUUUUCUUUGAAAGGUGGGGGGGGGAGAGAAAUACUGUAGAAAAGAAAAGUGGUGCAAAACGAAUGUCCUGGACUGACCGCUGGGCCUGCUGUCGGUCGUUUUUUGCUCCUUCUGCUCGGAGGCGGGAGCACGUGCUGAAUGCUGCUCUCCGUCCCUUUGGCCACGUUCGUCUUCGGGGUCGGGUGGGGGACUCGCUCUCUCUUAAAGGUGCCCAAUUCUGUCCAUUUCUCUUUCACUCUUUCAUUCCUUCUCUCCCAUCUCUGUCUUUCCCACCAUCCCAUUAUUAUUAUUAUUAUUUUGCUGUCUUAUCGUCUUGCGAGAAACCGUCUGGACUGGACUGGGGAAGAAGUGCAGCAAACAAAUUGUUCGUCCAGCCCAGAAACCUAACCCUCUCUUGGCUUGAACGGUUUUUUCAGAAGCCCUUCUUUUUUUUUCCCUCCCUCCCUCUUCUCUUCCUUCCCUUUCCUCUCUUUCUCUCUCUCUUUCCUUUUUCCUCCCUCACCCUGCCCGCCAUCCUCCUCCACCCUGUGCUUCAUCUGGGUUUUCAGAUGGCAUCAGAUACGCACGACCUUCCUGUGCGCGUUGGGGAGGGGAGGAUGGCACAAGACUGAUUUUUCAAUUUGGUCACGUAUCUAAUUUUUUUUUUUCUUUUAAUAUAUACUUGAACGUUCAUUUAUUACUAAAGCAUUACUUGAAAAAAAAACGCAGCGAUAGCUUGUGGAAUCGGAGGCGAGGUUUUCGGUGUUGGGUUGUGUUUUUUUUUAUUAUUAUUUUUACGGUUCUGUUGGGUGCUUUUUUUAUUAUUUUAAGAAAAUUGGUUUCGUUGUUACUUUUUUAUUUUUUUAUUUUUUAUUUUUCAUUUGUCUGAUUCAACAAAGUCCUUCCCUCUCACUCCAUUAACCAAAGAGGGCCAAGGUAUCAACUUUUCCUCCUCCACCUCCAUUUCUGGAGGGUUUUUUUUUUUCCCCUUCUUCUGCCUAGAAGUUCUCUCCUUUACUCACAACUCUUACAGAGCAAGUAUUAAACAAUUUUGAGGAGUGGAGGCUUUGGGGCUACGUUUGGGUGGAAAUAUUGUAUAUUUGAGGGAAGGUGUCAGUGGGCCUCUUCCAGAUCUUACGGCACAGCAUAAAUAUGUACUGUAUGGCCUGCCCUCAGUUUAGUGGUCCUGCCCCCCCCCCGUCCCAUUCCUACACUCCAUGGUGCAAACAAGGAAAGUAGGUUUCAUUCCACGCAGCCAGCCUCCUUGUUGAUUUGGGGCCUCCACUCUUCAUUUCUCCUUCGUGUGAAAGGAAAUGUAUACACUACGAGGGAAGAGCCAUCUAGCUUCAGAUAUUUGUGGCGGGGGGUAUGUGUUCUGCCACGGUGACUCUCCCAUCGUCAGCGUCUCCUUCUCAAAAGAGCAUGGCAGCAGCCAAGGGAGGUGCUCUUUUCAAGCAUAUCUUUUGAGGUUUGUUUAUUUUUUUACCAUUGUUUUUUUUUUAAAUGGAUGUUUAACUCUUGAAAAAAAAAAAGAAAAGAAAAGAAAAAUACCUCAGGUUUAAAAAGAAACGGUGAAGAGUGAGAGGGAAAACGUGGGAAUGUCAUCCCAAGGUUGCAUUACUCUGGAGCAGGGGUGGGCAGUUAUGGCCCUUUUACGACCCAUGAACUUCAACUUCCAGAAUUCCUGAGCCGGCCAUGUUGGCUCAGGAAAUCUGGGAGUUGAAGUCCGCGGGUGGUAAAGGGGCCAUAGUUGCUCUCUCCUGCUCUAGAUGGCUGCUUUAGGGACUGCACAUGUUGGGCGGGAAGCCCACUGGACUAGUGUGGAGAGGCAUCCAUGGCUCAGUGCUGGGUAGAGAUGGACACAAGUGAUCGCCCACCCUUCCAUCGCCCGAGCCCUCACCUCAGUUUUCCUCACCCAUUAUCACUCCAAAGACAGGCGCCUGCAACAGUGUGUGCAGGCCCGUCUCUCAAUCCCAAUGGAAAAGGAAUAUGGAGAAACGUGUUCGGUGUCUCUCCUACUCCCAGAUGUAGCUUCAGAAAGUAUUCCAAGACUCCACCAACCUUGAAUCUCAGAUGUGUUGGAGUCUAUGUCCCGGUGUUUUCAACCAGCAUGUUUGUUGGCUGCAAGUGGUAGGAGUGGUGGUCCACCGUCCCUUAGAGAUGAUCAAGUUGGGUAAGGCUGAGCUAUUCCAUAGGUCUCCCAGAUCCACAGAAACACACGCACAUACACGCCCAGGCAUCUUCCCAACUCAGUGGACCAAAGCUAUAUUUCCACCACCACCAUCUCCCACCAAUUAAUUGUUUUAUCCUCCAGCUACAACUUUAAUCUUCAAUAGACUCGGAUUGCUCCUCACCUAGAAAUUGAGACAAAGACUGCUGGGGAUGGGAAAGAAAGCAAGAAAGGGGUGAAAUAAAAAUGUAAAAAUCCAGUUUUUUGGAGCGAUGCAUCUCCGUGAUGUUUGAUCUGCACAUCUCCAUCCCAGCCCCUUGGGACUCUACAGGUGGGGAGGGAGGGGGAUGUGAGACCAGGUUCCAAUCUGAAUUUCAGGGGUUCUAUUAUUGUAUAAUAACUGUUUGCUAUAUAAACAAAAAAAAAA